CCACACAUCACAACAGCAACCUGAAGCCCUCGCUGCUCCAUCUAUCGAACAUUUUGCACCAAUGGCUUCCUUUCAUAGCUCAAGCACCCUGGUGUGCCUGACUCUUGUUCUUCUCUUCGGUGUUCAGUUCACCCUCGGAGGCAUCACAUGCGAGAGCCUGGCAAGAAACACCUGUGCCUUUGCCGUGUCGUCGUCCGGCAUGCGUUGCGUGCUCGAGAACCGGGUGCGGAGGGGAGGGCAGGAGGAGUUCUCCUGCCGCACAUCAGACAUCGAGGCUGAGAACCUCAAGGACUGGGUGGAGACCGACGAGUGCAUCAAAGCCUGUGGACUCACCCGGAGCACCGUGGGGAUCUCAUCGGACUCUCUGUUAGAUCCUCGUUUUGCUCAGAAGCUGUGCUCACCUCCAUGCUACCAGGGGUGCCCCAACAUUGUUGAUCUAUACUUCAACCUCGCAGCUGGUGAAGGUGUGUUCCUUCCAAAGUUAUGUCAGGCAUCAUCGAAUGCUCGCCGAGGCAUGGAAGAGAUCAAGAGCUCCAGUGCAGCAGCGGCAGGGCCUGCAUCAGGGUCGGCAGCGGUGGCCUGUGCCCCAGGGCAGUCUGAGACAGGUUUCGUUUCCGGCGCAGCCAUGGCGCCUCUCUGAUGUGCUCUAUAUGCGAGCAAUUGGAUUGUUUCUCAUGUAUUCUGUGGCCACAAGCCAGUGCAAGGAAGGUUGCUGUGAGAGUAUGAAAGCAUGUAUUUGAACCACCAUGUUGCAUGGCAACUGAUAUGUAAUACCUGUUACAACGUUGGCAACAAUAGUAAUAUUUGGUUAUUUACUGUUC